GAUACCUGAUUGUCAGUUAUAUGUAAUAUGGAUUUAUUAAGAACGUCAAAAAAUGUUAUCAGAAUCCAAAUUUAUUCUAAUUAAAUUCGAAUGAAUGGUUUAAAAUCAAUAGCUAUGUGCAGCUUUGACCCAAGAGAGAAUUAACUUCUGGGAUAUCAUCUAUACGCGUUAAAAGUUAAAAGUUAAAACACAGCGUGCUAAGCGACCAGUAUAUAAUUUGAGCCGACAACAAUGUUUUGUGGAUACGAUAAUAUUGCGCAUCCAUAGUGAAUGUAUAAUACAAAAUCACUUGCUCAGUCUUUACGUACUUUACAAUCGUACGUGAUAGUCACGUUUUAGUGUGGUUUAAGUAAAAGAAUUAAAAUAAUCGAAAGUAUACUUUAACUCUUACAAACUUUGAUAAUAAUCAUGUCCAACGGUAAACCAACAUUCAAAGUCGCCGACUUGAGCUUGGCAGAAUGGGGUAGGAAAGAGAUCACUUUGGCUGAAAACGAAAUGCCUGGAUUGAUGAGCUUACGUAAACUGUAUCAAGACAAUAAGAUUUUAAAGGGAGCUAAAAUAGCUGGGUGUUUACAUAUGACAGUGCAGACUGCUGUUUUAAUUGAAACUCUAGUGGAUUUGGGAGCAGAGGUUCAAUGGUCCAGCUGUAACAUAUUUAGUACUCAAGAUCAUGCUGCUGCAGCAAUUGCUAAAAAAGGAAUUCCUGUCUACGCUUGGAAAGGAGAAACAGACGAUGAAUAUAUAUGGUGUAUUGAACAAACAUUAAUUUUCCCAGAUGGUAAACCUUUUAACCUUAUUUUGGAUGACGGAGGUGACCUAACCAAUCUUGUUCACACUAAAUACCCACAAUAUUUGACUGAGUGUAAAGGUAUAAGUGAAGAAACCACCACUGGAGUGCAUAAUUUAUAUAAAAUGUUCAAAGAAGGUACCCUGAAGGUUCCAGCUAUCAACGUAAAUGAUUCUGUAACAAAAAGUAAAUUUGACAACUUAUAUGGCUGUAGAGAAUCUCUCAUUGAUGGUAUCAAAAGAGCUACAGAUGUAAUGCUUGCGGGUAAAGUAUGUGUUGUAGCUGGUUAUGGUGACGUUGGUAAAGGCUGUGCGCAAUCUUUAAGAGCGUUUGGAGGUAGAGUUCUCAUCACUGAAAUAGAUCCUAUUAAUGCUUUGCAAGCUGCAAUGGAAGGUUACGAAGUAACUACGAUGGAAGAAGCGUCUAAAGAAGGUCAAAUAUUUGUAACCACCACUGGUUGUAAGGACAUAAUUCAAAGUCGGCAUUUUCUCAAUAUGAGAGACGACAGCAUAGUUUGUAAUAUUGGACACUUCGACUGUGAAAUAGAUGUGGCUUGGUUGGAAAAAAACGCUAAAGAAAAAGUUAACAUCAAACCUCAAGUUGAUCGUUAUCUUCUCCCCACUGGUAACCAUGUAAUUGUAUUAGCCGAAGGUCGUUUAGUUAAUUUAGGUUGUGCUACUGGCCACUCUUCCUUUGUAAUGUCAAAUUCCUUUACGAAUCAAGUUUUGGCACAAAUUGAACUAUGGACGAAACCUGGAACUUACCCUAUAGGUGUACAUAUGUUGCCUAAGAAAUUGGAUGAAGAAGUAGCAAGGCUACAUUUGAAACAUUUAGGUGUCGUUUUAACAACUUUGACACCCGACCAAGCCAAAUAUUUAGGUGUUCCCAUGGAUGGACCCUUUAAACCAGAUCAUUACAGAUACUAAAUUGGCUUUUAUAUACAGGAUGAAGUUGAUAUACUGUUUCAAUUAAGUUUAUUAAAUAAGUUUCAGCCAUUUUAAA